AUGGUUUCAUACGUUAAAGGUCCAGCUUAUAAAGCUUUAAGUCAUUUUGGUCAAUUAAAUGCCCCAUUAGUAAGAUCAUAUAUUCCAAAUUUAAUUUUCUGGGGAGCUGCUGCUGGUGGAGCAGUUGCUACUUUUACUGAAGGAGUUCCAUUAUUUCAAAAGACUUUUUAUGAAAAAAUCCCAUUUUUCGGUCAACAUUGGAUUUAUAACCCUGAUCCAGAAGAUGUUCCAGUAUAA